UGAAGCAUAAAUGCCUGUGUUUUAUUCCCCCGCCAUUUCACCAUAAUCCAAUUCCAAAACCAAAACCCCCAAUUUUUCUUUCACCUGUUUCUUCACUUCACUUCACUUCACUCUUGUCAAAAUUCGCUAAAACCCUACUCCGAUUGCAGCUUCAAUUUCUGAGUGAGAAGCAGAAAUGCCUCGCGAAAUAAUCACGCUGCAGGUGGGCCAAUGCGGCAACCAGAUCGGGAUGGAGUUCUGGAAGCAGCUCUGCCUCGAGCACGGCAUCAGCAAAGACGGCAUUCUCGAAGAUUUCGCCACUCAGGGAGGUGAUCGUAAGGAUGUGUUUUUCUAUCAAGCAGAUGACCAGCAUUAUAUACCACGUGCGUUGCUUAUGGAUUUGGAGCCUAGAGUGAUUAAUGGCAUACAAAAUGGUGAAUACAGGAAUCUCUACAAUCAUGAGAAUGUAUUUAUUGCUGAUCAUGGAGGAGGUGCUGGGAAUAACUGGGCAAGUGGAUACCAUCAGGGCAAGCAAUAUGAGGAGGAUUUGAUGGACAUGAUUGAUAGAGAGGCAGAUGGCAGUGACAGUCUUGAAGGUUUUGUGCUAUGCCAUUCAAUUGCUGGUGGAACAGGGUCAGGGAUGGGUUCAUAUCUGUUGGAGACAUUGAAUGACAGAUACAGCAAAAAACUUGUACAAACUUACAGUGUAUUUCCCAACCAAAACGAGACUAGUGAUGUGGUGGUACAGCCAUACAAUUCCCUUUUAACGCUCAAGCGUUUGACCUUGAAUGCUGAUUGUGUGGUUGUUCUUGACAACACUGCACUUAAUAGGAUCGCUGUAGAGCGGCUUCAUAUCACAACUCCCACUUUUGCUCAAACAAAUUCUCUAGUUUCCACCGUCAUGUCGGCAAGCACAACAACAUUACGGUAUCCUGGAUAUAUGAAUAAUGACUUGGUUGGCCUCCUUGCUUCUUUGAUCCCUACACCUCGGUGCCACUUUCUAAUGACAGGAUAUACACCUCUUACUGUGGAGCGCCAGGCUAAUGUAAUUAGGAAAACGACUGUACUUGAUGUGAUGAGAAGACUUCUUCAGGCAAGAGAAAUUUCUUCAUUUUUCUCAUGCACUUUCAAAAAAUUCUCAUGGUAUUCUUGUUUGCAGACAAAAAAUAUCAUGGUUUCAUCUUGUGCCCGAACGAAAGAGGCUAGUCAGGCAAAAUAUAUAUCAAUUUUGAACAUUAUUCAAGGAGAAGUGGAUCCUACUCAGGUUCAUGAUAGUUUACAGAGAAUACGGGAAAGAAAACUUGUUAACUUUAUUGAAUGGGGCCCUGCUAGCAUCCAGGUUGCUCUGUCCAGGAAGUCUCCUUAUGUGCAAACAGCUCACCGUGUGAGUGGACUCAUGUUAGCCAGUCAUACUGGCAUCCGCCACUUAUUCUCCAAGUGCUUGAGCCAAUAUGACAAGCUGAGAAAGAGGCAAGCUUUUCUUGAUAACUACAGGAAUCACCCAAUGUUUGCUGACAACGAUCUUUCAGAAUUUGAUGAAUCCAGAGAUAUGAUUGAGAGUCUUGUCGAUGAGUACAAGGCUUGUGAGUCCCCAGAUUACAUCAAGUGGGGAAUGGAGGAUCCGGACCAUCUAAUGUCAGGAGAAGGAAAUGCUACUGGAACAGUGGAUCCAAAGCUAUCAGUUUGAUUCUCUAACCUUUCUGAUGUGCAACUUAGUCUCUGGAGUUUUGUUUUUGACAGGGAAUUGUGCUCUUGCAGUUAAAGCGGAGUAGGGAAGGUGAAGAUGAAUAUCGAUUCUGCUUGUUGAUCGUGUGUAGUGAAAUAUGAGAUUUUCUUUUUCACUUUUUUUUUGGUGUUUCCUUUUGUACUAACUAACAUGCUUGCCUAUGGAAAUCAAUCAUUUCCUCGUGUGAUAUAUACUCUAUUCAAUCUUUACGUUUAAAACAAGUCGUGAAAUUGGUCUUAUGAAACCAUUGAGUUUUGCUCA